AUGCAACUUGAGCAUGACAAGAAAUAUGCGAGUGAGGAAGAGGAACAAUUCCGCAUGAAUGUCUAUUUGGAGAAUAGGCACUAUGUCGCAGAACAUAAUCAGAUGUUUGCCCGAGGAGCGACGACUUUCUCUGUAGCCCUGAACAAAUAUUCCGAUCUGUACAACGUUUGGAUUUUUAAAGGGUUUUCUAAAGAAACCAUGCGUGUCCAGUUGAGAAAUUGUGAGAUUCCUCUCUCUGUGAAAGUGGUUUUUCAGAAAGAGCCCAGGCUGUUACUAUUAAUUCAAUUGGCUUGUGAUGUGUUAUUAGUUACAUUCAAAUCGUUUCCUGAACCGUUUUCAUUAUUAAGGAGCGAGAUCUCUUACACCUGUUCGCAGCUACUUCAUGAAUUUAUGGAGAAAAUGACUGGGUAUCAUGGGGAGACAGAAUCGUCAGACAGAUCUGGGUUACUUGUUCCUUCAUCUUGGAUUGAGCCCCUCCAUACGAAUCCUCCGGCAGAAAUGGAUUGGCGAACGAGAGGUGCUGUCACUCCGGUCAAAGACCAAGGUCACUGCGGCUCAUGUUGGGCAUUCAGUGCUACCGGGUCAGUGGAGGGGUUGCAUUUCCGGAAGACAGGAAACCUGGUUUCCCUUAGUGAAAAGAACCUCAUUGACUGCUCUAAGAAUUUUAACCGUGGCUGCAGUGGUGGAAGGGCGGAAUGGGCAUUUCAAUACAUCAUAGAAAACAAUGGGAUUGACACAGAGGAAAGUUACCCCUAUGAAGCGAAGGAUAAUGUAUGUCGCUACCAUCCCUCAACGAAAGGGGCAAAUGUCACGGGAUAUGUAGGGUUGCCGAAAGGGGACGAAGAUACACUGCAGAAAGCUGUUGCUAUUAUCGGGCCUAUUUCCAUUACCAUGGAUGCCAGACAUGACUCCAUCAAAAGCUAUCACAAA